UUGCAUCAGACCUCGCUCAUCUCGUAUGUUGGGUGCGAAGAGUUAUUAAACAAUUUGGGAAGGAAUUCGAGAGCUGGAGAUAUUUUUAUGUAUCAUAGACAUUCGCAAAAUUGUGUUGCAGGUUAUAUAUCAUGGGUGUAAGAUUUGUACUUCUGGUUUUGCUGAACUUCCUAUUUGUGGUCACUAUCAACUGCUGGAACGACGGUGCCGUGUUGCUAAGGGAUGUCCAGGUUUUAACUUUGUACAAAGGCAAAUACACUACGGCGAGACGGACAAACCCCGUCCCCCAACUACAGUGCGUCGGAGGAUCAGCGGGGUGCUCUGCUUUCUUCCCGGAGGUGGUUCAGUGUCAGAAUAAAGGGUGGGAUGGAAUUGACGCUCAGUGGGAAUGUAAGGCAGACAUGGAUAACGCGUACAGGUUUGGCCGAGUGGAGGUGAGCUGCGAGGGCUAUAAUCAUCCGAAUGACCCUUACAUCUUGAAGGGCUCGUGCGGUCUGGAAUACACACUGGAGCUGACCGCGGAGGGCCGGCAACAGAAUUCCUACGGUUCCCGCCAUUCUACCGGCUUCUCCGACUUCGCUUCCAGUUUCGCGUCCGGCUUCUUUUCCAACAACAGACACGGUUCUCAGAGUUACGGUCAGACGUACCAGAACGCCUCCGAAGAGGGUUUUGGAGGCCUCGUCGUAGUUGGGCUCUUCCUUUUGUUAGCCUAUGGCGUCUAUAAGAUGUUUCUGUGCAACCCUACCCAAGGCCACCAGCGUUUCCCUGACAACGGGGACUCCAGCGGCUCCUGGCCCGGUGGCUACGGACACACGGGACCCCCUCCCCCUGGAUUCAAACCUGACUUCACAGGCCAGUCCUCAGGAUACCAAGAACCAAACAGCGGUUAUGGCUUUCGGAAUGAAUAUACCCACCCAGGGACCAACCGGCAAGGCUCCAUGGGAGGGAAUGGAUUUUUUAGUGGAAUGGGCAUGGGUGGGCUUCUGGGAUACUUAUUUGGAAAUCAGAGACGCCAGCCAAGGAUGGGGCACACAGGAUUUCACCACACUCAGUCUAAUCACAGGCCUAACGUGCCUCCAGCCAGCACAGGAACACGCACUGCCUCAGGUUUUGGUGGAACUAAAAGAAGAUAAAAGAAGACCAGUGCCGCUGCCCCAACAUGUUUCAGUUGGGAAGGGUUGUGAAUGGAAUGUUUUGAUAAGAUGCUGUGCACCAUGGGUGUUGUAGUCUUUUAAGUGCUUUAACCAAUGCUGUUUUUACCUGUGGAUCUUGUGUUCAUAAACCUGCUGUUGUCUGCAGUGGAGGUUUUUUUUUCUUUUUCUUUUUAACAUAAGAGUAUAUUCUUACCACACUUGGGGUUAGAUUCAAGCAACCUAGAUCUGCUGAACGGUCAAAAAAAUGUCCAUUUCAGAAGUUGUAAUCACAUAAACUACUAUAUAGCCUAUUUUUGAGAGAAGAGAAGUAAGGCAGCAACGGUUCCAGAGUGAAGCUGUAACACAGAUGACACUUCCUUUCAUGAUAGAAACUUCUGUGUUUCUUUGGUGCAGUGCAGUGAUGUGCUUAGCUGACAGUUGACUUUCAGAAUGUGAAGAGCUAUGGCAUCUUCUCAGCUCAUUAAAACAUGCACUGUCAAAUUAUUCUUUCUUGGUUUUGUUUUGUUUUUAUGUGUGCGUGUGUGUUUUCUGUGUGUUUGUUUGCAGUUUUUUUUGUCCUAGUGUGUAACAGAUGCAGUUUAACAGAGCUGAAAACUGUGAUAUAGUCUCACAGUUUGAGUCAUAAACCCAAAAGUCACCACACAUUCAUUUGCAGUUUAUAGGUUUGUUAUAAGAAAUGAAGAACAGCGGUGAUGAAGAGACCAAUGUGUAUAAUAAUUAAUGUGGACUGAUUUUGGACUUUGUAAAUAAAGAGACUCUGGACUUCCUACCA